CGCGCUGCCACAGAGGCAUUGCAGACAGCGCGUUUGGGAGGUGUAGUGGAAGAAAGGCAAGAGAGAAACGGAGUAAAUGAGAGCACUUUUGUCCAGAUUGUUCAAGGACUUAUCUACGUAAAACACCGCCGAAACAGCUCACUAUAAUGACACGGACACGUUAUUGAAAGGCCCGUCCAGGUAAACGUCCGCGUUUCCUCCGCAAACUGCAAGAGAUCGACAGCUAAGACAGGGUAACCACACUGACCCGGCAGCUGUACAGCGUUGGCUCCAGCACAGGGCUGUGAAGAAAUCCUGGAAAUCAAAGCUGUGCCUCUGUCAGCGGGAAUCCUGGAUCCUCAACUCUGCCCACCAACAUGACCAAUGUGGUGAUUGUCAAGGAGGGGUGGCUCCAUAAAAGAGGGGAAUAUAUCAAGACCUGGAGGCCGAGGUAUUUUCUCCUCAAGAGCGAUGGUACGUUCAUUGGCUACAAAGAGAGACCACAAGAUGUUGACCAGCUGGAAACCCCCUUAAAUAACUUCUCUGUAGCACAAUGCCAGCUGAUGAAGACAGAACGGCCCAAGCCCAACACAUUUAUCAUCCGCUGCCUGCAGUGGACCACUGUCAUCGAGCGCACCUUCCAUGUGGAGACCCCUGAGGAGAGGGAAGAAUGGACUAAAGCCAUUCAGGCAGUGGCUGAGGGCCUGCAGAAACAAGAGGAGGAGAUGAUGGACUCAUCUCCCGACCCCAUGGACAUGGAAGUAUACCUGACCAAACCAAGACACAAAGUGACUAUGCAUGACUUUGAAUACCUCAAACUCCUGGGAAAAGGCACUUUUGGCAAAGUUAUCUUAGUAAAGGAGAAGGCCACAGGACGCUACUAUGCUAUGAAGAUCCUGAAGAAGGAGGUGAUCGUAGCUAAAGAUGAAGUAGCACAUACACUCACUGAGAACAGAGUCCUCCAGAAUUCAAAGCAUCCGUUCUUGACAGGCUUGAAAUACUCUUUUCAGACACAUGACCGAUUGUGCUUUGUGAUGGAGUAUGCAAAUGGGGGUGAGCUUUUCUUUCAUCUGUCAAGAGACCGGGUUUUCUCAGAGGAGCGAGCACGGUUCUAUGGUGCAGAAAUAGUGUCAGCAUUGGACUACCUGCAUUCUGAGAGGAACGUAGUCUAUCGAGAUCUAAAGCUGGAAAACCUUAUGCUGGACAAAGAUGGACACAUAAAGAUCACAGACUUUGGCUUGUGUAAAGAGGGCAUCAAAGAUGGCGCCACUAUGAAAACUUUCUGUGGGACACCAGAAUACCUAGCGCCUGAGGUGUUAGAAGACAACGAUUAUGGCCGGGCUGUCGACUGGUGGGGUUUGGGAGUUGUAAUGUAUGAGAUGAUGUGUGGAAGACUGCCUUUCUACAACCAAGAUCACGAGAAACUGUUUGAGCUCAUUCUCAUGGAGGACAUCCGUUUCCCUCGAACGCUGGGCCCAGAGGCACGCUCCCUACUCUCUGGCCUUCUCAAGAAAGACCCCAUGCAGAGGUUAGGUGGGGGACCUGAAGAUGCUAAGGAAAUUAUGCAACAUAAAUUUUUUUCUGGAAUUGAAUGGCAAGAUGUAUAUGAAAAAAAGCUGGUCCCACCAUUUAAGCCCCAAGUUACCUCGGAGACAGACACGCGAUAUUUUGAUGAGGAGUUCACGGCGCAGACCAUCACAAUUACCCCACCAGGGCAAGAUGACUGUAUGGAAUCCUUUGACAGUGAGCGAAGACCACAUUUCCCCCAUUUCUCCUACUCCGCCAGUGGGACGGCCUAAAGCACCUCUCGUACAUUCCUUUUGUCCCACCUCCCCUCUCUCCUCUGCACUCUCAAAAGACUGGGACCAUGGGCCUGUCCUCCUCCCAGCAUUGUCUGCAGAUGCCGCUGUUGGAUGUCUGCAUGUUGCAUUUCGUACGAAGGAGGAAAUGCAAAACGUAACAAAGAUAACUGUGGUCUCUCCGUGUGGCUCUGAAGACUGAGCACAGAGGCUUAACACUAGCUUCCAUUCCCGCUUGUUAUGCUGUAUCCUGAGCAGGUAUCCAUAUGUUAUAAUGAAUGUGAUCAUUUCCAGUCAAAGAUUAAAGGUAAGAAGUAUGGGUUACAAAGUCCCAAAUUUCAAACACAAGGACUACAGAACAACAGGCCAUUUGUGGACUAAACAUUUUGAAGUGUUUGAGUGGGUGAAAUUUUCCUUUUUUGAACAAUUGAGUCUUUGAGACUUCUAAAGUGAAUGUAUCAUAUCAAAAAUAAAGUAAUUGAUUCUGCAUACUUA